GCGAUUAACAUGAGGGUUGUUAUCGAACAGUGCGAAGCAGCGUGCCUUUUUCGUUUUAGAAAAAAAAAACAAACUAAAUAAAUAACAAUACACAAAAUAGCAUAGACAAUAGAAUAAAUAAAGUUUACAAAUAUGGCAACAGUGGCCAAACGACAAAAGAUUGAUGAUGAAAAGCCCAGUACUUCGAAGGAUGGUCGUUUGAAAAAGAAGUCCAAGAAAAACGCGGCAGGCGGUGAAAUUUCAACUGACUGGGACGUCGAUGAUUACCGAACGGAAUACGAAAGCGAGGAACAUUGGCAACUGCGCCGUGAUUUUAUGAUGGCACACAAGGACCGCUUUGACGAGGAGCGGUUAGUGUGCCUCGCACAAACAUUCAUCAACAUGGAAUUCAUGGGCUGCAAAUAUCCAUCGGAAACAAUGCUCCUAGUCGCUGAGUUGUCCAAAGAAAUUGCCGAAGAGUUUCGACAGAAACGGGCACAACGAUUGAAACGCACAUUUGUCAACGCAUCGGAUGCAGCGGAACAGCGGGCCAAAGGCCGGUCAUUGCAGAAGCACCAAUUCCAAAUCCAAAACCAAUCCAUCACCAGCAGAAAUCGCAUGCAUUUCGGCGGCGGCGCUCCACUAGACCUUUACGAAGGCUUGCGCUUUGGAAAACUUAUACUUUAUUUAACUGGCGGCCGCAGUUGCUUGCGCAAUGCUUGCAAUUUAGCGAAAAUAAAAUACGAAGAAUGCUUAAGCGAAACGGAAGAAUCGUCCAGAAUAGCAGAGAUUCGAAUAAAUGAUGAGACCAUAGCUAGUGGACAUAGCCCACUCCCAAAGGUAGCCAAAUUAGAUGCAUACAAGCAGGCGGUUCUCAUGCUACAGACCCAUUGCUAUAGCAUAAAGCUGAAUGCAUCGCGGCCUACGAUUAAAGUCGAGAAGAGUAAUCAAGGCAUUAAUAUCAAUGUAACCAAGGAGUCAGCGGAUAGUUUGACGGAUAGCAAGCUGGAUGCGAGCAACAAAGGUUAUCAUAUGAUGCGGCUAAUGGGCUGGACAGGCGGUGGCCUGGGACGGCUAAAGCAGGGACGCGAGGAACCUGUGGGUUACCUGUUCAAAAACAAUCGUUUGGGCCUGGGCUCUGAUGAUACAAAUGCUAAUCUUGCUGAUUACCACAAGCUCAUAGAGAACUAUGUCAAUUCUGAUGAUAUUCGAGACAUGCAAUUUGAUCCCACCUUCUCCAAAGAAGAACGCGCCACGUUUCAUCACAUUGCUAGCAAGUUUGGAGUACGGUCGAAUAGUUACGGCACUGGCCAAUCUCGUGGCUUGAUUAUAACAAAGAAGAUAAGCUAUGAUAUCAUACUCAAGGAGGUGCUCACCAAAAGGAAUCCCAAGUUCUGCGAACGUUAUUUUGUGCAAGUGCCCAUGCAGAAGGCCCACCUGUUUCCAGGUAAUGUGGCUGCCCUGGAUUUGGACGGCAUAAUGGAAUAGCAUAGUCGCGGUUUAUAUAAUUAUAUAUUUGCAUAUAUAAAACAUUUUCAGCACAUGCAAUUUAAACUUAAAG